AUGUCUCCACCAGAAGAACAUCAUGGCCUUAAGUCCCAAUGGCCCCAAGCUUUCGACCUCGCCGGCUCUAACUCUCCCUGUCGGAUUGAAGGAGAAAUCAGUGAUCUCGUUGUCCUUGGUGAGAUACCACCUGCCAUUGAUGGAACUUUCUAUCGAGUAAUGUGCGAUCCUUUCGUACCCCCUCAUCCCAAUAACGUGCCCCUUGACGGCGAUGGUCACGUCUCUGCCUUCAGAAUCCACAACAGUCGAGUCGACAUGAAGAUCAAGUAUGUGGAGACAGAGCGCUACAAGCUUGAAAGAAAAGCCGGCAAGGCUCUGUUUGGUCUUUAUAGAAAUCCCUUUACGCACCAUCCCUGCGUGAGGGCUGCUGUAGACUCAACUGCCAACACGAAUAUGGUCUACUGGGCAAAUCGGUUAUUGGCGCUUAAAGAAUCUGCGCUUCCUUACGAGAUGCACCCUGACACUCUCGAGACUCUAUGCUAUGACCCCUUUGAGGGACAGGUCAAGGCCAAAGCAUUCACAGCACAUCCAAAAAUUGACCCAUUCUCCGAUGAACUCGUUGCCUAUGGGUACGAGGCCAAGGGUCUAGCGACUAGAGAUAUAGUCAUUUAUUCUCUCGACAAGGACGGCAUCAAACAUAAUGAGCAAUGGAUUGAGUCUCCCUGGUGCGCUCCCAUCCAUGACUGCGCCAUUACACCUAAUUUUAUUAUCCUCAUCCUUUGGCCGUUUGAAGCGAAUGUGGAGAGGAUGAAAGCAGGCAAGCAGCACUGGGCCUGGGACUACAACCUUCCAGCUACGUUUAUCGUAGUUCCCCGUCGCAAGACCUCCAAGGUUCCAGCUUCCUGGCAGCAAGGAGAACACCGCGUCUACCAUUGGAAGAAUUGUAUGAAUAUCCAUGCAGGGGGUGCGUGGGAGGAGGAAAAUGGAAAACUAUAUCUCGAGACAUCUCGGGUUCACGACAAUGCUUUUCCGUUCUUCCCGCCAGAUGACGGGAGAAUGCCGGCUCCAGACGCCAAAGCUGAUUUUGUUCGCUGGGAGAUUGACCUCAAUGCCCCAAGUGGAACCCAAGUGGCAGAUCCAGAGAUCAUCCUCGACGUACCAUCUGAGUUCCCACGAAUUGAUGAACGAUUUAUGACGAAGAAAAUCGAAUACAUAUUUCUGAACGUCUUCAUCCCCGAAACUUCACAAGGCGGGACUAACAUCUUCCACGGACUCAAUGGAUUAGCAAUGCAUAGUCAUAGCACUGGCGAAACUAAAUGGUUCUUUGCAGGCAAAGACUCUCUCGUCCAGGAACCAAUCUUUAUACCCCGUACGAUUAAUGCGCCCCAGGGGGAUGGAUGGAUCAUCGCUAUGCUUGAGCGACGUGUUGCUAAUCGGAGUGAACUUGUCGUUCUUGACACCAAAGAGUUUGAGAAGCCUGUUGCUUUGAUACAGCUUCCCAUGCAUCUUAAGGCUCAGGUCCAUGGGAAUUGGAUCGACAGUAGGACGCGGGCAUCUACGGAGGCAAUCGUGAGGCACAUUGGUGAAGUCAAGAUUAGUAGACGAGGAGCUCUGGAACCUUUGACAUGA